GCUGGGAAAACCAUUAGCUUGUAAUAUAUACAUAUAUGUAUUCAUCUUGUGUGUAAUAAAGAUGAUUAAAAAAAAAAAUAGAACAAAUAGAGGAGGAGUAAGCUGGCCAGAGGAGUACUAUAGCCGGCUAGGGAACAGCUUGCGACCUACGUUCUAUUUCUAUGGUUUACCCAGCGACCUAUAGGAGUCUGGUAGAGACUAUACUAUAUACCAUGCGUUGACCUGGCCUUGAACCACUGUUGUCUCUUUUGGCAGGGUAAAUAUGUAGCGAAUUGUUACUUUUGGACCAUAAGAAUACAUAUUUGUAGUAAUACACUUUUUCGAUGGAAGCUGCAUAAAAAUAUGAUUUUCCCCAGGUUAUAUGUUAGAGAAGCUGACUACUUUCUCUAACGUUACGUGCGUGGACUGUGACGCAGAACCAAAUUGGAUAACCAUUCCGUGCUUCACGACCAAGGUUCAAAGUACAAGACGGGGUGAGAUUUGCACCCCGACUCUGAACCUUUAAAUAGUAAGCAUCAUGUGCUUCGUUUCCGUACCAGUGAAAGCUUGACUGCAUGUUUUCGGCAUGGCAUAUGUUCAGCUGGUCCAAUGUAAGAGUGUCUAUAUUAGAAACAAAGACGGCUCCCCUCAACUGAGACCUAACAGCAUCGAUGAUUUUGACACAGUGGGCAAGGAAAGACCUGUAGCGGACCCGGCCAAAUUUUUCCGAGAUCAUGGGCGUGACUUUUACGUCUACUGCGCCGACUUUGAUCUGGAAAAUCUUGUGCUGGUGAGACCGAGGGAAGGGUUUCAGAUCAGGGAGGUCACGUUCGUCUGGCAAGCCUUACGAACAUAUGCCCAGGAAGUGCUGGUAGUACCUUUUGCCAACUUGGCUGCUGUCACAGCAGAGGUUGCCGAUGACGUAUCCCACAUCACUACAGUUUUCCUGCACCAUACCGCACGCUGUGGCUCUACCUUACUGACCAAAGCUUUAGACGCCAGCGGAGUGGUACACGGCGUGUCAGAGCCUGGGAUACACAUCAGCUUCCUGCAGUACCUGCAGUCUCACCCAAACCUGCAGGAAGACGAUCUGACCAUGCUCACGGACAUCGUUGGAUACAGCAACACUCUCUUCAACUUCACCCUCUUCCAACAAGAUCACACGAGGACUGCUGUGUGCUACAAAACACGAGCAGAAGGUAUCCACAUUGCUGAGCUGCUGCAGAAGGGGGUACCAGGAGCAAAGGUCAUCAUAUCGUACCGGGACGCUGUUGCAACUUUAAACUCUGCACUUAAAGUGAUGAUAGCAAGUUAUUGGAAGUACUGGUUGCUCACUGGUCUUAGACUAGAUACGUUCCUUCCUACAAAGAUAUUUCCAAGAUAUGUUAUGUCAGUUGUAGAAGAGGACGGUAGACUGGCAACUGCGCCGGUACCGCACGGUCUGGUUUGGAUUGUGACCUGCCUCUGGCUGAGGCGCAUGCAAAGCGCCCAUACUUUAACACAAAGUGAGACUACCAGUUUUGUCGAUGUCGUUUUGAGGUACGAAGAACUAUGUAAGUACAAAGAAGAGAUGGUACUGAAGUUAUUGAAAGACAUUGGCAUAGAAUGUAAAGACAAGGAUGCUAAAGAGAAGAUAAGAGCAGUGUUUGGGAUGAACAGCCAGACAGGUACCAUGAUGUCCGGUACGUGGGGUAAAGCCAGUGAGAGUUGGGUGGGUGACUGGGAGAAAGGUGUGAUCGCAACUAUCCUUACUCAUGCCAACAUGGACGUCAAUCGUCCAGAUUUUGUCCUUGAAGGCACGAUAACUGAAAUUUGACAAAUCUUCACAUGUGCAAUCAUGGAAAAGCUUAUGUCUUAUUGUCUAUGCCACUUUGAAUUCAGAUGGAAACAUUACAUUGAGCUGGGAAUAAACCAAAUUUCUAUCAACAAUAAUCUAUUAUGAUGGCAUUUUAUUCAAAUCAAUCUUUCACCACUCAUGUGUUUCUCCAAGUUCUCUCAUGUCGGUAGAGGCCUGUAUGGCAUUACAUGAAUCAAUAAAACAGUGUACACAAUGAGACAGCAGUGUGCACACUAAAACGCCACCGAGUGACGGGUCAUGGUACGUCACCCAGGCAACGGCUGAUUUAUGCGGUGACAUUGACGGUAGUGGAGCGCCGCCCAGUGACGAAUGAUGGUACUACAGUCUGUUAAUUUGAGCAAUUACGUAUAUCAUAGACAAUAUAUUUAUUUGGUUCAUAAAGAAAGAUAAGACAGAGCUGUGUGUGUAAGAGUAAUAGCGCAUUCAAGCGACCAUCCUCCUAAGCAUGAAGGUAAGAAAGGAAUGAUGGCUCCAAACGUCAAUUUCACCUCAUUAGUGGAUGGCGUUUCAGAACCUGCAGUACUCGGGAAAGAUGAUUGGUGGCGCUGUGAGACUGUGCGCCAGAAUUUUUCUCGGUAUGGCUGGAUUGACCGAUGAUAACCGAUCAGCAGAAUUUGCCAUUGAUUUUUAGGUUGGAUGGA